AUGGAGUCGGAUACCAUUCCCGUCACCGGGGUCGAAGACCUAGAAAAGCAUCUAGACGAGUUACUUGCAGAUCCGAAUCUAUUACCAACCCCGAAGUUAUUUGACGACGUUGAACUUCAACUAACGGACGCGAACAUACUACCUUUGGUCCCGCGGCUUCUUCCAAAGAUCACCGAGAUUCUCAAACAGUAUCAGCAAGAUCCCGCAAUUUUAUGUAGCUUGGCCAUCAAGCUUCUUGGCCCUUUGAGUUUCACCCAGAUUCUAACUCUAGCUUCCGAAGAAGCUCUGAUACAAGCCUUGCGAUCUCCUGCCCCGUCGGCAAAUCUCCUUGCCAUGGCUGUUCUUGACAAGGCUGCCAAAUCGCCAAGUGAUGCUGCCAUUCUAGCCAUGAUGAAUAAUGUGGUAACCAACUUCUUGACUCAGUGGCUGAGUGCUCCACAAGUGGAGGUUGGCGAGAAGGGCUCGAAAGUAUUAGGCGACCUUCUAGAUGUCGACUGCGAUACUCGUCCUCCUGAUGGCUUGUCUGUCAACGGAAUGGAGAUCGUAGUUAGGAAACCAUCCGGCCAGGGGCUCGUAUGGAGACGAAUCUUCCAUGAUCGCGAUAUCUACGACUUGAUAUUGUCACUCUGCAGCAGCGGUCAACUUGGCGCCCAGCAACAAUCGCUUGCCCAAGGCCGUCUACUUCGGGUCUUACCGCGUCUGGCAGCCUUGAACUUCCGGGCAGUCACUUGGACAGACUUUUCCGACUUAAAUCGGCGAUACGCCAACACCGACAGCAAUGGUGGGUUGUUACAUUUUGCUGCCUUGUAUAUGAUAGAUAAGGAGGAUAAGUUAGUGCAUCUUAACCUCAUCGACUUCUUCGAGGCUUUCCUAAGUAUCCAGAGAAUUACGCCAUUCUCCACCUACAAGAUGGAUACCCUUACUAAACUGUUGAGGGAUGCUACUGCGCAAGACGACAUCUUGAAGGCAUCGAUUCUCACUUUACCUGAGCGUACUGUGCCCGAAGAGGCCGAAGAUCUGAGCCGAUUCAUACAAGAGAUCUUGAAUUCUCAAUGA